UUCGUGAUCCGCCCGCCUCGGCCUCCCAAAGUGCUGGGAUUACAGGCAUGAGCCACUGUGCCCAGCCCUAACAUCAAAUUUUAAAAGAGUUGACCACAGUUGAAUGACACCCGCGCACCAGCCUCCACCCACACUGCCCUUCAUAAGCCCCUUAAAGGAGAUUCCAUAGUAAUAAACCUGGUCCACAAACACACAUAUCCUCCAUUCUCUCCUUUUCUUCUCUUUGGCAGUUUGACAAAAUCUUUAGGGGGAGUUGGAGGAAACAUUAAUCUCCUAAAUCCACUUCAUUCAAAGCUGUGGCUUCAAGUUCUACCCCUGUUAAGGCCUCAGGAAGUUCAUUGUCGACACCCUCCCUUUGAACUCAGUCACUAAAAUGAUCUCAAGGCUAAGGAAUAGACCACAGCUCCACUUCACAAGUAAGCUUGCAACACCUGAUUAAGGAAAGUUUGCUGUGCAGACAAUUGUAGUUCAUCCCUUUUACAGACAGAUCUCGAUUUGUUUUCUAGGGUCUAGAAUUAUUUAAAUCAAAAUCUCUCAGAACUUUCUGGACAUUUAGUAAAUUCAUGCUGGAGGAGAACUGGCAGAGACAUGUUAAGUGCACCUGACCACAAGAACCAUUUAUUUCAUCCAAUAUUUACCAGCUAUUCAUUGUACACCUAUUAUAGAUUUUGGCACUGGAGAUAUUAUAAGAAAAUUCUAUCCCUGACUUAUGGAACUUAUCCCCAAAAAUAGGAAACAAGGCUCAGAACCAUUCAAAUGAAGCUUCAGUUAACUCCAAUAAAAAUUAGUUUCAUAAAUGUAACGUGAAAGUCUUUGAAUAUGUUAAGAAUGGCUUGAUUCACCUCAGGGAUAGAAAUUUGACUGAUUGAAAGAAAGUUUCAAUAAAAUACCAAUCUUUGAGUUUAAUCUGACACCUGAAACUAGGAAAUCAAACACUAGCCACAUUUUCUUUCUAUACUUUAUAAUAAUUUUUCUCAUGAGAAAAAGGCAUCUUUCUUCCAAGCCUGAAAAUAAAUGGAGAAUUUUUAAUAUCUAUUGUUGUGGAGAACAAUAAAUAGACUACCUGCUUUCACAAAUAAGUGCUGGCAUUGAACCACAGAACAUGUCUGUCAUAUCACUCCUUCACGCCGUACAUUAACAGGAAUAAUAAUUUCCUCUCAUUGAGUUUCCUAUUUACUAUCCCCUUAAUUAUACCUCCUUUAAUUACUGUCAUGGAGUGUCUGAAUUUUAUAAUCCAAGAUACUAAGAUGUUUAUUUGAUAUACCACCACACUCAAUGUAUUGUAUUCUUUGCCAAAAAUUUGAAAAUUUUUGGGAAGAGGAAAUUCCAUGGUUUGGUGAACCCAGAAAGUCUUCAGUACAUCUCAGUUAUAGAACUGUAUUAAAUACAUUUAAACUCUACAAUUCCAUAAGACCUAUUUUAGGUUUAUACACUGAGCAUCCAAUUCCUCACCAUCCUCUCAUACAAACCCUGUGUAAUACCAGUUCUACUUCCAUAAUUCCAUGAACAAAACAGCAAUUGACACAUAGGUUUGAUUGUUUUUAACACAUUUUCUUUACCUUAUUCUAAAUGUAACAUAGGGUCAACAAAGAAAAAGAAAACUGAAAAGCACAAGGAAAGUGAAAUAUCUGUAAUAUUAUCAACCAUUGUUAAUUUUGUUGUGUUCCAAACUAUUUUAUAGAGAGAGAGAGAGAGAGAGAGAGAGCGAGAGAGCGCACUUUUGUUUUAAUAAAAGGACUGCCAAAAGGCACGUGCCAAUUUGGACUCUGCUUUUUCCACUUAAAAUUAUAUCAUAGUUUCUCAUAUUUGGUAUACUUUUGCAAUACUUGCUUCAUAGAAUUCCAUCACGCAAAGGUAACUACCAGAAAUUCCUUAUUACUUUUGCUAGACACUUAGGGUUUACUUUUUUUUCAAAAGUUAUAAAUCUUUGAUCACAGCUCUGAUGAUUUCUCUGGGAACUGAUAGCCUAACACAAGUCAUGUCCACUUUAAGACUUUUAACAUUCUGAAAAGUUAUGUUACAAACAGAGUACUGGUCCCCCUGCAACACGUUCACUCACAUUGGCUGAUUUUUUAAUUCUUUGCCAAUCUGAGGGGAAGAGAUGUCAACUCUUUUUGUUUGUUCUUGUAAUGCCAGUCAUGUUCCCUUUUUUUUUCCUUUUACCAGUCAUACUGGUUUACUCAGAACCCUGCAAAUCAAUCCUGCUCACUCUUAAUUUUCCAGUAUUGUUCCUGAGAUUGUUUCACCAGAAAACUUCUCCCCCUUAUCCACUUCGCCUAACAAUUUCUACCCAUCCCAGUCCUCCUGCAUUCAUUGCUUCCAGGAAUCUGGCACUUAGGACACCCUUGUCCUUACAUUGUUCAUGCAUGCAUAUUUCGUCUUCAAUAAAACAUUCAGUUGCUCAAGGGCAGGGACCCCAUAGAGUCUCAAUAUGCUAAAGGCCUGGUGUUGCUUAAUAAAUUAGAUUCUGACGGGUCCUCUGCAGGGAGGGAAGCAAAGAGCAAAUUACCUUACCGGCUGGGAGUGCAGAAGCCAACCCUUUGAGACUGUGUAAACAAGAUGGCCCCGAGACGAUACAGUAGCAGGCAUUCAAGCAAGAAAAACUCAAAUAUUGUUCCCAAUAAUGCCUGACUAAUGCAAAAUACCAAGUAAGGGCUAGUCAGUCCUGAUAGCCUGCAGAGCCCCAGGGUAAAACUAACCCUGACGGGCGCUGGCCCACGGUUGUCCCCCUGCUAGGGCUCUGGACUCGCCCUUUCUCCUCGAAGGCCAACGAGUUGCCCCUGCGCGCCGAGGCCCCGCCCCGCGGCCCGCCGAUUGGCUCCAGCCGCCCCGGCGCCAAGACUCAAUUCCACCCCAAGCGCCCAGGCCACGCCCCCUGUCAAGCGCCCUGGAAACUUUGUGAGUUUGGGGAUUGUUGUGUCCAAUAACCGGACUCAGAAGGGACUUCCCUGCUCGACUGGCUCUCGGUUUCUCUGCUCACCUCUGGAUAAAUUACGGGGUCUCCCGCGCCGCGCAUGGCGCCUCCCGUCCUUCUCGAGCGUCCCUUUCCUUCCCGGCGCUUUCCUGGGUUGCUUCUGGCGGCCCUGGUGUUGCGGGUGUCCUUCUCCGAUCAAUGCAAUGCCCCGGAACAGCUUCCAUUUGCCAGGCCUACCAACCUAACUGAUGCAUCUGAGUUUCCCGUUGGGACACAUCUGAAGUAUGAAUGCCGCCCUGGUUAUUAUGGAAGACCAUUUUCUAUCAUCUGCCUAAAAAACUCAGUCUGGACAAGUGCUAAGGACAAGUGCACACGUAAAUCAUGUCGUAAUCCUAAAGAUCCUGUGAAUGGCAUGGUUCAUGUGAUCAAAGACAUCCAGUUCGGAUCCCAAAUUAAUUAUUCUUGUAAUAAAGGACACCGACUCAUUGGUUCCUCUUCGGCCACAUGCAUCAUCUCAGGCAAUACUGUCAUUUGGGAUAAUGAAACACCUGUUUGUGAGAGAAUUCCUUGUGGGCUACCCCCCACCAUCGCCAAUGGAGAUUUCUUUAGCACCAAUAGAGAGUAUUUUCACUACGGAUCUGUGGUGACCUACCGCUGCAAUCUUGGAAGCGGAGGGAGAAAGGUGUUUGAGCUCGUGGGUGAGCCCUCCAUAUACUGCACCAGCAAAGAUGAUCAAGUGGGCAUCUGGAGCGGCCCGGCCCCUCAGUGCAUUAUACCUAACAAAUGCACGCCUCCAAAUGUGGAAAAUGGAAUAUUGGUGUCUGUCAGCAGAAGCUUAUUUUCCUUAAAUGAAGUUGUGGAGUUUAGGUGUCAGCCUGGCUUUGUCAUGAAAGGACCCCACCGUGUGCAAUGCCAGGCCCUGAACAAAUGGGAGCCAGAGUUACCAAGCUGCUCCAGGGUAUGUCAGCCGCCUCUGGAUGUCCUGCAUGGUGAGCGUACCCAAAGGGACAAGGACAACUUUUGGCCUGGGCAGGAAGUGUUCUACAGCUGUGAGCCCGGCUAUGACCUCAGAGGGGCUGCGUCUCUGCGCUGCACACCCCAGGGAGACUGGAGCCCUGCAGCCCCCAGAUGUGAAGUGAAAUCCUGUGAUGACUUCCUGGGCCAGCUUCUUAAUGGCCAUGUGCUAUUUCCACUUAAUCUCCAGCUUGGAGCAAAAGUGGAUUUUGUUUGUGAUGAAGGAUUUCGAUUAAAAGGCAGCUCUGCUAGUUACUGUGUCUUGGCUGGAAUGGAAAGCCUUUGGAAUAGCAGUGUUCCCGUGUGUGAACAAAUCUUUUGUCCAAGUCCUCCAGUUAUUCCUAAUGGGACACACACAGGAAAACCUCUGGAAGUCUUUCCCUUUGGAAAAGCUGUGACUUACACAUGUGACCCCCACCCAGACAGAGGGAUGACCUUCAACCUCAUUGGGGAGAGCACCAUCCGCUGCACAAGUGACCCUCAAGGGAAUGGGAUUUGGAGCAGCCCUGCCCCUCGCUGUGGAAUUCUGGGUAACUGUAAAGCCCCAGAUCAUUUUCCAUUUGCUAAGUUGAAAACCCAAACCAAUGCAUCUGACUUUCCCAUUGGGACAUCUUUAAAGUACGAAUGCCAUCCUGAGUACUACGGGAAUCCAUUCUCUAUCACAUGUCUAGAUAACCUGGUGUGGUCAAGUCCCAAAGAUGUCUGUAAACGUAAAUCAUGUAAAACUCCUCCAGAUCCAGUGAAUGGCACAGUGCAUGUGAUCACAGACAUCCAGGUUGGAUCCAGAAUCAACUAUUCUUGUACUACAGGGCACCGACUCAUUGGUCACUCAUCUGCUGAAUGUGUCAUCUCAGGCAAUACUGCCCAUUGGAGCACGAAGCUGCCAAUUUGUCAACGAAUUACUUGUGGGCUACCCCCCAACAUCACCAAUGGAGAUUUCUUCAGCACUAACAGAGAGAAUUUUCAAUAUGGAUCUGUGGUGACCUACCACUGCAAUCUUGGAAGCGGAGGGAGAAAGCUGUUUGAGCUCGUGGGUGAGCCCUCCAUAUACUGCACCAGCAAAGAUGACCAAGUGGGCAUCUGGAGCGGCCCAGCCCCUCAGUGCAUUAUACCUAACAAAUGCACGCCUCCAAAUGUGGAAAAUGGAAUAUUGGUAUCUGUCAACAGAAGCUUAUUUUCCUUAAAUGAAGUUGUGGAGUUUAGGUGUCAGCCUGGCUUUGUCAUGAAAGGACCCCACCGUGUGCAAUGCCAGGCCCUGAACAAAUGGGAGCCAGAGUUACCAAGCUGCUCCAGGGUGUGUCAGCCGCCUCCAGAAAUCCUGCAUGUUGAGCAUAAUCCAAGCCAUCAGGACAACUUUUCAUCUGGGCAGGAAGUGUUCUACAGCUGUGAGCACGGCUAUGACCUCAGAGGGGCUGCGUCUCUGCACUGCAUGCCCCAGGGAGACUGGAGCCCUGAAGUCCCCAGAUGUGUAGUGAAAUCCUGUGAUGACUUCCUGGGCCAACUCCCUCAUGGCCGUGUGCUGUUUCCACUCAAUCUCCAGCUUGGAGCAAAGGUGUCCUUUGUUUGCGAUGAAGGGUUCCGAUUAAAAGGCAGGUCUGCUAGUCAUUGUGUCUUGGCUGGAAUGAAAGCCCUUUGGAAUAGCAGUGUUCCAGUGUGUGAACAAAUCUUUUGCCCAAAUCCUCCAGCUAUCCUUAAUGGGAGACACACAGGAGCUCCCCUUGGAGAUAUUCCCUAUGGAAAAGAAAUAUCUUACACAUGUGACCCCCACCCAGACAGAGGGAUGACCUUCAACCUCAUUGGGGAGAGCACCAUCCACUGCACAAGUGACUCUCAAGGGAAUGGGGUUUGGAGCAGCCCUGCCCCUCGCUGUGAACUUUCUGUUCCUGCUGGUGCAAAUGACGCUCUUAUAGUUGGCACUUUAUCUGGUAUGAUCUUCGUUAUUUUAUUCAUCAUUUUCCUCUCUUGGAUAAUUCUAAAGUACAGAAAAGGGUAAGGUGUCCUUCCUUGACAAAGUACUAUACAGCUGAAGAACAUCUCAAAUACAAUUUUGGUUGGAAAGGAGCCAAUUGAUUUCAACAGAAUCAAAUCUGGGCUUCAUAAAGUCU